GGGAGGCGGAAGCGCGCGCGCGCGUGUCGUGCCGCCGCUGCCCCGGGUGCGUGGGGCAGCGCCCAGGAGUGAUCCAGCCCGGGCCGCUGCUGCCCAAGCCUCGCCGCUGCUGAGUUACCGCUUGGGCAGCUGCCCAGUGCCUUCCGCAGCUCCGGGCAUCCCGCGGGACCAACAGUAUUCCCUCUUCCCGAGUUCCCCCCAGCUGCCCUGGGGGAGGGAGGCGGUGGUGGCGGCCCCGGGAGGGCAGCCCGGCUGUCGCUGGCCCGGGCUCCGGGCGCGGCGUCUCCUCUCCCUGCUGGGCUCCGAGCAGCGCCGUCUUUGAUUCUUAAAGAGGCUCAUCUCAAAGUACAGCUUAAAAAAGCUUUGCAAAUAGUGGAAGAAAAUGUCACAUAAAAGCUCUAAGGUAAUCAAGAAAGUAAACAUUUCCAGCUCCUUGGAAUCUGAGGAUAUCAGCUUGGAAACCACAGUGCCAACCGAUGAUGUUUCUUCCUCUGAAGAGAGAGAAGGUACUGUAAAAAUCACUAAGCAGCUGAUUGAACGGAAGGAGUUACUCCAUAACCUUCAACUGCUUAAAAUAGAAUUAUCACAAAAAAACUUGAUGAUUGACAACUUGAAAGUUGAAUAUUUGACCAAGAUUGAGGAGCUGGAGGAGAAGCUUAAUGAUGCAAUCCAUCAAAAGCAGCUGUUGUCUUUACGACUGGAUAGUCAGUUGGCAUUACAGCAAGAAGAUGCCAGGAAACAUCAGGCUUUAAUGAAGCAAGAAAUGGAAACUAUUUUAUUGAGACAGAAGCAACUGGAGGAGACAAAUUAUCAGUUGAGAGAGAGGGCAGGAGAUAUCCGUCGUAGCUUGCGAGACUUGGAAUUAACAGAUGAACGCUAUGAGAAGCUAAAAUCUCUUCCUGAAGAUCAGCUUUCAAUCCCUGAAUAUGUUUCAGUCCGAUUCUAUGAAGUAGUCAGUUCCUUAAGAAGAGAGCUAAGUGAUCUACAGACGAAAAGGGAGAGUCUGACAGAAGAACUAAGUGGGUACAAAUCCCAACUCAAGUGUCUGACAGAGAGCUAUGAAGACGAGAGGAGGAGUCGGUCAGAGCUUGAGGUCAGAUGCCAGCGUUUAACACUGGAACUGGCUGAUACCAAGCAGUUGAUUCAGCAAGGUGAUUACAGACAACAGAACUAUGAUAAAGUAAAAUGUGAACGUGAUGUAUUUGAGCAUGAGUUGUCAGAACUCAGAAGAAACUAUGAAAUACUGGAGGUGUCAUACAAAACACAAACUAAAGAAAGAAAUGACUUAGCAAAAGAGCUGGCAACCAUGCAACAAUCCCUCAACUUGUUACAAAAAGAUAAAGAUUACCUUAAUCGCCAGAACAUGGAGCUUAGUGUUCGCUGUGCACAUGAAGAAGAUCGUCUUGAAAGACUACAGAUUCAGCUAGAGGAUGCCAAAAAAGCUAGGGAAGAAAUGUAUGAAAAAUAUGUUUCAUCCAGAGACCACUAUAAAGCAGAAUAUGAAAAGAAACUGCAUGAAGAGCUGGAACAAAUAAGGUUGAAAACAAAUCAAGAAAUUGAGCAACUAAGAAGCACCUCAAAAGAGAUGUAUGAACGUGAAAACAGAAAUUUGAGAGAAGCACGAGAUAAUGCUGUUGCAGAAAAAGAGAGAGCAGUUACUGCUGAAAAGGAAUCUUUAAGAAAAUACGAUCAACUCUUAGAACAGUAUAGACAAAUGCAGCUUGGCACAGAAAGCAAAGUUGCUGAACUUCUUCACCAAAGUAAGUUAAAGUCCUUUGAAACUGAACAUGUUCAACUCAUGCAACAAGAAACAGCUAAGAAUCUUUCACAGUGCCAAAUGGAAUGUGAAAAAUACCAGAGAAAGCUGGAGGUGCUUACAAAGGAAUUUUAUAGUCUUCAGUCUUCUAGUGAAACUCGCAUUAUUGAGCUUCAAACACAGAAUUCUGAGUUUCAAGCAAGACUAGAUACUUACGAAAAACUUGAAAAAGAGCUUGAUGAGAUAAUACUGCAGACAGCAGAAAUGGAAGAUGAAGUUGAAGCUGAAAGGGUUCUCUUCUCAUAUGGAUAUGGUGCUAAUGUUCCUACAACAGCCAAAAGACGACUAAAGCAAAGUGUUCACUUGGCAAGAAGAUUACUGCAGCUAGAAAAGCAAAACUCAUUGCUUGUGAAAGAUCUGGAACAUCAGAAGGAACAAGUAACACAGAUUUCACAAGAGCUUGACAGAGCAAAUUCUUUGUUGAACCAAGCACAACAGCCAUACAAAUACCUCAUUGAAACUGUGCAACAGAGAGAUUCUCAAAUAAGUCUACAGAAAGAACAUAUUGCACAACUUGAAAAAGAUUUCAGUCUUUUAAAUAAAGAAAAGACAGCUUUGCUGCGUGUCAAGAAUCAAAUGGCAGCAGAUUUGGAGAGACUUCUAAAUGACCGUGAGGAACUAGCCAAAAUGAAACAGAUUAUUUUUACUCUACAUGGUAAACGCUGUGAACAAAAUCUACCUCUGUCUCACAUUGAUGUAAAAAGUGCAACUGGAAAACAAUCAAUACCUUUGGUAAAACUGCUACCAGAACAUGAAGAAGGAAAUAUAUUUACACCUAAGCCAACGUUAUUUACAAAUAAAGAGGCACCUGUGUGGUACAAGAAACUGAAGAAGAAAACAUCAGCAUAGCAUUUUUCAAAAAUUAUUCAAAAUAAUCCUUUGGGGAGCUUUUCUUUAAAGAAAGUUAUUUUCACCAUAGUGAUACUCAUUUUACUGUAAAAGCAAACAACUGUUUUGGUUUUAACUGUUUCUUUUUUGACUGUCAAAUAGUCUUAUGCUUCAUAAAAUAAUUUCUAAGUCUUUCAUGUGAAUAAAAUGUGAAAAUGAUACAUGCAAUAAUUUUGCUAACAUUUAUCUGAAUUUUAAAAGAUAAAUAAACACCAGUGUGUUCUACAAGUUAUAAUCUGGGCAGGUAAAGGAUGUGUUAUUCAGAGUGUUCAAAUUAAUGCAUGUUUUAGCCUUUUUAUAUUGUUUUUCCUGGACCCUGUGUUUCAUGCUGCAUUCCUUGCAACUAUUCUGACUAAUGGAGAUUUUCAAAAUAUACAUGCGUUAGUAUCGCACUUCCUAUGAAGGAAAUUCAUGUCAGCUGGAAACAAAAUUUCUUACUGGCCUUGAUUUGUAGUUCAUCACUUGAUGUCAUUUGUAUAACAAAACAGGCAUUAAAAAUAAUUUACAGAAGCAAUAAAAUACAUCUUAAUUAUCAGCACUGAUACUUAAUGGGGUAGACAGUAGUGCAGUUACAUCAAUGUAAUAAUAAAAAUAGAACCAUGAUGGGUUACGACUGUAGUAUGUAAUAGGGAAUGGAUAACUUACCAUAUUUAAUUGUAUGAAAAUAAGAUCCAAAUUCCAAGAACACAUUCUGCUUGUUUAUUCCACUUGACCAUCUAUUCUGACUAUACAAAAGUUCUCUAAUUUUUCAAAGCAUUCUUGACUGCAUAUGGUGUGUUUCUAUGUGUAAUAUAAAUACAGAUCUUUUAAGUACUGCAUACUGAAAAUAUUGCUCAGAUUUAAGAGAAAGCUCCUUCUUCUUAGUGCCUUUUUCCUUGACAAUAUCUCUUAAAUUAGUUAUUUUUUCUAACCUCCACAUGAACCAUAAUUAUUUACUAUAUAGUACUGAGCUAUAUCAAGUUAUGAUUCCCAGAUACACUUUUCUUCAUUUUCCAAACAGCUGAAGCACAGGAAUACCUCCUCUGCUCCAGGAAAGCUUCAGUUUCCUUUUUUUUUUCAUUUUCUUGUUCUGAGAGACGAAGGUAAAAAUGCUGGCAAUUGCACAUAACAGGUUGAAAAUUAUCAUCUGUGAGUGAGGGAGGUCAAGUGUGUAGACUGAGGUGAUAAUAUUUUAUUAGAGUAACUGCUUUUCACUGGGGGAAAAAAAAUCACACAAGCUUUUGGGCUCACAAACUUUCAGUACAGUAAUUUCUGAAUAAAGUUUCCUGAAGUCUAGGUUUUGUCUAAUAUAUAUUUUUAUGUGACUAGAAUCCUUAACUUUUAUUUCCUAUUAAAGAGCUUCCAUUUGAAGAUACUAAUUUUGUAGAUUGUAAUAGAUACUUUAUAUGAUUCAGUCCCUAAAUGAACUUCCCAUACUAUUCUGUUUGUUAUCACUGAAUAAUUAAUAAAUUGUAUUAUCUAGAAGGACUGUGUCCUAUUUUAGGCAAGAUACUAGUUGGAAUCUGAAGUAUUUCCAAUUUGUUUUCCUAUGGUGUCUUUAUAGACAAAUUGGUGAGAUACAGACUGUAAGAUGGGCGAACAAAACACAAUCAACAAUGCCAUGUCCUGCUGGAAUAGUGUCAUCCCUUGGCAAGUUCACAGGCAAUACCAGAUUUGAGGGAGUAGACUACACAGUGGAAGUAAAGGUCUCAGGAUCUCAACAGGCUGGAAAUUGGGUCAACAAGAAUCGUAUGAAGUUCAACAAAAGCAAUUGCAGCCCCACAUCCAGGAUGUAAUAACCCCAUAUGCCAGUACUGCUGCAAAGCAGCCUGACAGAAACAAAGGUCCCAGUGGACAACAAAUGGAAUAUGAGUCAGCAAUGUGCCAGCCAGCCACAUCCUAGGUGGUUAUUACCAACAGGAUAGUCAGCAGAUGCAGGGAAGUGAUCCUUCCCUUCUGUUUGGCACAUGGGAGGUCACAUCUGGACUCUUGUAUCCAGUUUUGGGCUUGUUCAAGGAAAGCAUUGACAUAUUGCAGUGAGUCCAGCAGAGGUGCACCAAGAUUGUCAGGGGCUAAAACACCUGAUGUAGAAGGGGAGGUGGAAAGCACUGGACUUGUACAGUGUUACUAUUAGAGGACUUAGGGGAGGAACUUGUAGUCUCCAACUACUAAAUGGGAUGGUACAGAGACAAGAGAGCCUGCCUCUGGAGCUCAGAGAUGCACAGCAAUAGCCUAAGAGACAAUGGACACCAGAUGGAGCACUAGAAAACUCAAUUAGCUACUAUGAAAAAUGCUUUUACUGUGAGAAUGGUCAAAUACUGAUCCAGGUUGCCUAGAGAGGUGGGAAAAUCUUCAUCCUAGGAGUUGUUCAGAACCCAACAAACUCCUGAGCAAACUGGUAUAAUUGGACCUGACUUUGAGAUGGACUAAAUGACUGAUUUUCAGAAUUCCAAUUAAAUUACUCUGUGGUGUUAGUCCUAAAUAAUCUGAUACCAGAUGAUAUAGUGACAUUAAUUUACUUUGUACCAUCCAAAAGGCAAAAUUCUGUUUAAUUCUUCCAAGGAAGUGCAAUAUAGAGGAACAUUUUUACUCUUAGAGAGUAACUGUGCAUUGUACAUUUCUGUGUCCUCCUGGCAGCCUGAUUUUCUAAGAAGGCUGACAGAAAAUUAGGCUGAUUUUGUGGUGAAAUUUUAUUGAUAUAUAAACAGUUCUUCAGAUGAUAAAGUGACUUAUUCUGUCAAAGGGUUGUGGUUUUUCGGGCUUUUUUGUAAUUAUUAACAAGGUCCAUCUUUAAAUGUGCAAAAAUAAAAGUAGUUUAUUAGAAUAUACUGAUAACACAAUACCGUUGGUAAAUUCUUGUAAUGCAUAUGGUCCUUGUGUAAAUCUCCUCAAUACAUUGGGGAUUUUUUAGUUGAACACUAUUUUUCCUGUGAUUCUUCACUAGACUGUAAGGCUGUAAUUAAUUAUCUAGGAGGAGACCUUCUAAGCUUCUCAUGAGAAAGCUAGAAUGUCACUUAAAUAUAACUAUUCACUCGUGAGUUGCCCUACAGCAAAAAUUAAUGAAGCAUUUUGCUCUCCAUUUAAUGAAAAGGCUCAGUUGCAGUACCUGUACAGCACUUUUACUGAUGUUCUUUCCCACAAACAUUGUUGUCAA